AUGGAACCAAAGAUGCACCUCUGGGUCUGUGUCCGUGCCGUCCCUGUGUAUGUGUUUUCUGGACCCCACUGUUGUCUGACUGUGUCUAGUUUGGAGCCUGCCAGGAGCUGUCUCCACUGGGGCCGGGGCCCUGGCCCUUGGUGGGGACCACUCGGCCAUGAACAGAAUUGGCAAAAGAAGAAUCGGCACAGGUUGGAUGCAGGUCAGCUCACAGACAGGUUCCACUGUGGCUUGGCGUCUUCAACUGCUGGCUGGUGCGGGUGUGACCAGAAACCGCUGCUGGGGCCACCUCAGGGCUAG